CGAAUCCUAAAGCCAGCCUCCUCCGCUCCCGCAUCCAUUUCUCUCUCUCUCUCUCUCGCUCUCGCUCUCGCUCGCGCUCGCGCGCCUACUGACACACCAACUCUCGCUCUUAGGGUUUCUCGGGUCAUCGUCGACGUUGCCGGGCGCCAGAUGAGGAGGCUCGUGUUCCCUGAUCACCGCGUGGAGGGGCCUCCGCCCUGGCGGGAGCGGCGGCCGUUGCCCCGGUGUCAGCGCCCGGCCUUCGCCGUCCUCCUGCUCUGCUCGACCCCCGCCGUGCGCAGGGCCGUCGCCUUCGCCGACGUGGACGACCUCGUCGCCUCCUGCCCAUUCCCCCCGGCCCAGUUCGCCAUCAACUCCGGUCGCGUCGCUGGGCGGCUCUUUUACGAUCUCCACGCCGAUGCCGUCGACGCCUCCCUCUUCUUCUGGGGCCGCCGUCUUGACGGAGCCCACCCCCUCACCCCCGUCAUCGAGCCGGCCCCCGAUGCCCCGCCCUAUAAUGACGCUGAGGAGAAGGGCCGCCUUAAGACCCUCUUUUGUGGCCACAUUCAGGGGCUUCUCGAGUAUCAAGGUGUGAGACUUUGUGAGCGGAGAAUCGAUGAGGUCUCGGAUGAGAUCAAGAAUGUGUCGGUGCUGCUAAGUCGCCAUAAUCGGCUGGUGAAGUUCACUGAGCUGAGGGAUAAGAGGACGAGGCUGGAGGCAGAAAGGAAACAGCUGAAGGGCCGGUUGUCCGAGUUCCAUGCUGCCAUGGAAUGCCUUCUCGCUCGACUUGGUGAACGACAAGAAAAGGCUUUUGCUGAGGAGGAAGAAGGAGGGGUGGAUGCAGAUGUGAAUGCCAAAAUUUUUAAGCUCGGAGACAAAUUGGAUUGGAACCAGAUUUGCCAAUUGAUGCAGAGGGAAUGCAGGAGGCUCGAGGAGGGUUUACCAAUCUAUUCAUGCAGGAGGAAAAUUCUUUCACGCAUUUUCUCCAAUCAGGUCAUGGUCUUGAUUGGAGAGACUGGUUCAGGGAAAAGUACUCAACUGGUCCAGUUUCUUGCUGAUUCAGGACUAGGUGCUGAUGGAGCUGUUGUGUGCACUCAACCUCGUAAAAUUGCGGUGAACUCUUUGGCACAAAGGGUUGGAGAGGAAGCCAAUGGGUGCUAUUCCAACAAUUUUGUGCACUCCUAUCCUACCUAUUCAUCCUUUCAGGAAUUUGGCUUGGGCCUGAUAUUUAUGACAGAUCACUGUCUCUUGCAGCAUUUUAUGAAAGGUACAGGUUUGCCCCAUAUUUCAUGCAUUAUUAUAGAUGAGGCACAUGAAAGAAGCUUGAACACUGAUCUGCUUUUGGCAUUGAUUAAGAGGAAGCUGCUUGAGAAUAUAGAUUUACGGCUUAUAAUAAUGUCUGCCACAGUUGACGCAAGCAGACUCUCAGGCUAUUUUUACAGUUGCAGCACCUUAUAUGUCAAGGGAAGAAACUUUCCUGUUGAAAUCAAAUAUAUUCCUGAUAUAUCUGCCGUUGUGAAGGACUUCUCUGGAAAGUGUGCUUCAUAUGCCUCUGAUGUCUUAAAGAUGGUGAACAUGAUUCAUAAGACAGAGGGAGAUGGUGGUAUCCUAGCAUUUUUGACUUCUCAGAUGGAAGUAGAAUGGGCUUGUGAAAACUUCACUGAUCCCACUGCCAUUGUGCUGCCAAUGCAUGGAAAGCUUUCUUUUGUUGAACAAAGACAUGUUUUUCAAAAUUACCCUGGCAAGAGAAAAAUUAUUUUCUGCACUAACAUAGCUGAGACAUCACUUACUAUCAGAGGUGUUAAGUAUGUUGUUGAUUCUGGCAUGGUCAAAGAAAGCAGGUUUGAACCUAGCUCUGGUAUGAAUGUGCUUAAGGUUAGUAGGAUCAGCCAAAGUUCUGCUAACCAACGAGCUGGCCGAGCAGGUCGAACAGAAUCGGGUAAGUGUUUCAGGCUUUACUCAGAAUCUGAUUUUCAGGCAAUGAAAAUGCAUCAGGAACCUGAAAUUCGUAAAGUGCACCUUGGAAUUGCUGUGUUGAGAAUCCUUGCUUUAGGUAUUAAGAACGUUCAAGACUUCGAGUUUGUUGAUGCUCCAUGUCCAAAGGCUACUGAAGUAGCAAUUCAGAAUCUAAUCCAUUUGGGUGCUGUUACACACAAAACUGAUGCAUAUGAACUUACUGAGACUGGUUGGUAUUUAGUGAAAUUGGGUAUUGAGCCACGGCUAGGGAAAAUAAUUCUUGGUUGUUUUGAUCAUGGUUUGAGGAAGGAGGGUAUCAUCCUUGCCACUAUAAUGCCGAAUGCUAGCAGUAUAUUUUGUAGAGUUGGUAGCGAAGAGGAUAAAUAUAGAGCUGACUGUCUUAGGGUUCCAUUUUGCCAUCAUGAUGGAGACCUUUUCACUCUUCUCUCUGUUUACAAGAAAUGGGAGGGUGAGCCUGUAAAUAGGAAUUGGUGUUGGCGGAAUAGCAUCAAUGCAAAGUCACUGAGGAGAUGUCAGGAAGCUGUAUCAGAGUUGGAAAGCUGUCUCCAGCAUGAGCUCAACAUUAUUGUUCCUAGUUACUGGUUAUGGAACCCAGAUGAACCAAGUUGUUAUGAUAAAUUAUUGAAGAAGGUCAUACUUUCAUCUCUUGUAGAGAAUGUUGCAAUGUUCUCUGGACGCAAUCAACUUGGUUAUGAAGUGGCUUUAACUGGUCAACGCAUACAACUUCAUCCAUCAAGCUCAUUGUUAGUCUACGGGAAAAGGCCAGAUUGGGUGGUGUUUGGGGAGAUUUUGUCAUCAUUGACUGACUAUUUGGUUUGUGUAACUGCUGUUGACUUUGAUGACUUGUGCAUGAUUCAGCCUCCUCUAUUUGAUUUGUAUCAGUUGGAAAGUCGGAAGAUGCUGAUGGAUGUGAUAUCUGGAGUUGGCAAUAAUUUGCUUAAAAGAUUUUGUGGAAAGUCAAACCAAAACUUACAGAGGUUAAUUUUGCACACUCAAAAUGUUUGCUCAGAUAACCGAAUCAGUAUAGAUAUUGACUUUAGUAAAAGUGAGGUUCAUGUAUAUGCUUCAGAAAAAGAUAUAGAGCAGGUGGCUAGUAUUGUUAAGGAUGCCCUGGAGUAUGAAAAAAAAUGCUUGAGAAAUGAGUGUAUUGAGAAACGUUUAUUUCCAGGCCGACCUGGUAUUUCCUCUUCUUUGGCUCUCUUUGGCUCUGGUGCUGAAAUUAAGCAUCUGGAGCUUGAAAAACGAUAUUUGACUGUGGAAAUUUUGCAUCCAAACUCAUCUUCUCUAAAUGACAAGGAACUUCUGGUGAUGGUUGAGAAGUAUGCGUGUGGAAUAGCUAAUUUUCAAAAAUAUGGAGGGACUGGACAAGAGGGAUCAUAUGUGAAUAAAUGGGGAAGGAUAACGUUCCUUAGUCCUGAAAUUGCUGAAAAUGCUGUCACCAAGCUGAACGAGGUGGAGUUUUGUGGGUCCAUGAUUAGAGCACUGCCCAUCAAAGCAGUUGAACCGAAGGUGACACCAUUUUCUGCAGUAAGAGUCAAAGUCUCUUGGCCAAGGAGGCCUUGCAGGGGAAUUGCACUUGUCACGUGUGCAGAUGGAGAGGCUGAAUAUAUUGUUAGGGACUGUUUUGCUUUGACAAUUGGAGGAAGGUAUAUUAACAUUCAGGUCAGCCAAAAACGCCAGAAUUGUGUAUUUUUAACAGGAGUUCCCAGAGACAUAUCGGAAGAAGAACUCCGUGAUGCUCUUCUAGGUUUGACAAAGAGGAGAAUCCUUGGCAUUCACCUUGCACGAGGAAUGGCAGUUGCUGACCCACCAAUUGCUACAUGUGCAGAAGCACUUAUUAAAGAAAUUUCUCCUUUUAUGACUCACAAGCAUUUUUCUGACAAUAAUUUCAGGGUCGAAGUAUUCAAACCUGAACCAAAGGAUUUCACCAUGAAAGCUAUGAUUACAUUUGAUGGAAGUCUGCAUCUGGAGGCUGAAAAGGCUUUAAAUCACAUCCAAGGGAAAGUAUUGCCUGGUUUUGAGACGUGGCAGAAGAUACAAUGCCAACAAGUAUUUAAUAGCUCUUUGUCUUUUCCUUCACGUGUCUAUUGUGCUAUCAGGAAACAACUGGAUUCACUACUAGAAAGUUUCAGAUGCCAAAGGGGUGUGUCCUACAACCUAGAGCAAAAUGAUAAUGGUUCUUAUAGAGUAAAGAUAUCUGCAAAUUCCCCUAAAAAUAUUGUAGAUUUGAGGAGACCUCUGGAGCAGUUGACACAAGGCAAAACGAUAACUCAUUCAAGCCUCACCCCAGCAGUGCUGCAGCUUCUCUUUUCCCGGGAUGGUGUUGCAUGUUUAAAAACUGUGGAGCGAGAGACUGGAACUUACGUUCUGUAUGACCGGCAGAACUUGAACAUCAGAGUGUUUGGUCCCCCAAAGGAAGUAUCUGCGGCUGAGAAGAAUUUGGUCCAUUCACUGCUAACUCUCCAUGAGAACAAGCUACUUGAGAUCCCCCUCCAAGGGCGCAGCCUCCCACCAAACCUGAUGAAAGAGGUGGUGCAGAGGUUUGGGUCAGAUCUUCAGGGGCUCAAGGAAAAUGUGCCUGGAGCCGAGGUAACUCUCAGUACUCGACGCCAUACCCUCUACGUUCGAGGAGACAAAGAACUAAAGCAAAGGGUCGAAGACCUGAUCUCUGAGGUGGCGCUAUCCAUCAAUCAAAAUAGGGUAAUUGAGAGGCCACCAGAAUCCUGUUGCCCCAUAUGCUUAUGCGAGCUGGAGGAUCCUUACAAACUCGAAGCUUGUGGGCAUACAUUUUGUCGAGCUUGCUUGGAAAAUCAACUUGAAUCGACCAUAAGAUCACGUGAUGGUUUCCCCCUUUGUUGCACUAAGGUGGGGUGCCAGAAGCUAAUCCUGCUCAUAGAUCUCAGAUCUCUGUUAUCAUUCGAGAAGCUGGAAGAGCUCUUCAGAGCUUCGUUGAGUGCAUUCGUGGCAUCCAGCGAUGGGACCUAUCGGUUUUGUCCGACACCUGACUGCCCCAACUUAUACCGUGUUGCGCCCCUGGAAGAGGAGGUUGGGCCUUUCAUCUGCGGGGCUUGCUUAGCGGAGACAUGCAGGAAGUGCCAUCUCGAGUACCAUCCCUUUGUAUCUUGUGAGAGGUACAUGGAGUACAAGGAAGACCCGGACCUCUCGCUGGCAGAAUGGUGUAGGGGGAAGGAAAACGUGAACAACUGCCCUAGCUGUGGGCUUACCAUCGAGAAGACUGAAGGUUGCAACCAUGUGGAGUGCAGGUGCGGAAGGCACAUCUGCUGGGUAUGCAUAAGUUCCUUCAGAAGUAGCGAUGAGUGCUAUUCACACCUCAGGUCUGUCCACCAAUCCUACUGAUUGGAUGCACUCUAGAUGUAUACAUGUCCAUAUUACAUAUGUCUAUAUAUGUCUAUAUAUAUAUAUAUAUAUCUGUACGUGGUGGUCAGGAAGACUUAUUAGUGUAGCCUAAGUUGAUUGUGGACUCGUGUAUUCUUCAUGUACGGAGACUUAGUUGGGGCGUUCCUCGUUA